UGUUUUGAUGGAUUUGGCCACAGGACAACAAGUUUCUGUAAUAUUUUUAGACACUGAAGGCUUUGCUGCAAACAAUAUUUCUGAAAAUUAUGAUGCAAAAAUAUUUGCUGUAUCAACCUUGAUCAGUUCUCAUCUUAUCUACAACUCUGUGAAAAUAGUUGACCAGUCUGAUAUUGAUUACCUUGAACUUUUGGCACGGAGAACGCAGCUUUUUGCUCUUCGAUCACAAAUGUCACGGGUCAAGUGGACUGAUGACUUUAUCCAUGAUCUUCUAAGUUUCCCACCUCUUAUUUGGGUUGUCCAGGAUUUUGUUCAGACAGCUGUGGAGAAAGAAACACCAAAAGAAUGGCUGCAUCGUUUGAUGGAUACCCAUUCACGAGAGAAUGAAAAUUAUGAAAUUAGUCUACUUGAUAUUUUCAAGUCUGUUGAUUGCCACACACUCUUCCUUCCUGCCAUUAAGAAAAGGCUCUUGACAGAUCUCUCACGGGCACAGGAAGAAGAUCUUACUGAAGAAUACAAAGAAGAACGAAAUUCUUUAUUAGAAAAACUGAAGAAGGAAUUAAUACCAAAAGAAAAAAAUCAUAAACCAAUUUCUGGAACUGAGCUUGCAGCCUUGUUUGAAGUUUUAGUGACUGCUGCAAAUGAUGGUUCACUUGCAGAGGUCCCCAGCCGGUGGACAACUUUUGUAGAAAGAAUCAAGCAGACAGCAACUGAAGACUGUCAUAAGUUUUAUAUGACAGAGAUGAUGGUAUUAAAUGAAAAGUACAGCAGUGGACCUGUAAACAUGCAAGAACUUGAGGAAUGGCAUAAUCAAGUUUUCCAGAACUCUCUGAAACUACUAGAACAACUUUUGAAAGGACUUGAAGAAACUGCUGAAGAAGCUAAGCACAAGUUGACAGAAAAUAUUCAGCAGUUUUAUGUAAGAACCAAAGACAUAAAUGAAAAGAAAAUCAGGCUGCGUUGCUCAGAGCUGCUGAAUAAAAUGGAGCUGAUUGCUGAAGAUUCAUUACGAGCACUUUCCUUGCCAGUCCCAAGUUCCACUUUACAUCAUCAAAUAGCGGAAAUUAUUCAUGAUGCACAGGAAGGCUUCAGGAAAGAACUAGGUGAUCUAGUAGUUCCAGAAGUGAGGGAAAAAUAUUUGGCUUAUUUGAGAAAAACAAUUCAUAAUUUAGGAGAAUCUUUUCAUCUACAGAACUCCAAGGCUUUGGAGUCAAUGUUUCUGGAUGGAAUAAAUUUAGCCAUAGAUAAGUUCAAAGUUCUUACAAAGGACUCAGGAAAUCAACCCCUGAAGCCUUUUUUGUUGAAGAAUGUUCUGGAAAAAGGAUUUACAACAGCAGUUAAGGUUUUUGAAUCUCAGUGCUCGCAAUAUUCUGAAGAAAGUUUAUAUCAACCACACAAAGCAUUACUUGAGAACAGGUUAAUGGAGCAAUGGAAGGAACUUGAAAAGAAAAAUGAAGAUUUAGUUCAAAGUCUAAUUAAAACAGUGGUACAGGAAUUACUCCAUCAAUUUCAUGAUAACACUGACAUAAAUCAUAUACCACUCCCAUCGAAUGAAACAGACUUAAAUUCUAGGUUACAAAUGGAAAUGCUCAGAGUGGAGAGACGAUACAAAGAACAGACAGAAGAUUUUAGCAGUUACAAGGGAUAUAUCAUUGGAAUUGCAGAUCUUCAAAGAGGAUUGCACAGCAUCUGUGGACAGAGAAGAAAGGAAAAUGUUGAAGCAUUUACAGAAGUGGUAAAACAACCUUUGGAAACAUCCAAACAAAUCAUCAUGCUUUCUGCUGACAAGUACACCACAGAAUUUAGUGUAAAACAAUAUAUGAGAUCAGUGUGCCUUUUAAACCUGAAUGAAGGAAAACCUAGACAUUGGUCACAGAAUCUGAAGCACAGUAUUGUUGACCACUUCUUAAUAUCUGAUAAAGAACUUCAAAACAUCAUAAAGUCAAAGCAAGGAUGGUAUUCUAGCAUCAUUGGUUUUUUCCAGUGGCUUCUCUGGCUAUUCAAUUUAUCAUGAUUUUAUGUAAUAUUUCAUAUUUAUUUUUGAUAUGUAAAAGGCUUAGCUUACACUUCCUUUGUUAAUUCUGUAAUAUAGUGCCUGUGUUACAAAGUAGUAUUUCCAGUAAGUAAUUCACUGCAAGAAAAAAAACUAAUUAUGUUAAUAUCUUCAGGAAGAAUAAUUUAUAUUGAAUGAAGACAGGUUUUGGUUUACUUCAAAACUUUAUAAAUGACUUAAAAAUCUGAAAGGGGAGACAAGUUGUUCCUUGCAUAUUAUUGUAGAAAUCAAGAUGUGCAUAAAAAAUGUGAUUUCAUAACAACUGAAAGUUUUGUGGAAGCAAAUACCACUUUAGUUAGCCAUGAGAUUUGGCUAAAACCUAGUGAACAAAGACCUCUAUCAUUAGUUUAGCAAAAAAAAUUAUGUUACAACAAGCAUAUGGCACAAUGAAUUUGCUUUUAUGAUGGGUGAACUUUAGGGAAGAUUUUAAUACAGAUUUUUUUUAAUAUUAAAUGGUUUUAAUUAUUUUGAUUGGAGUGUUUUUGAAUUGUUAGAAAUAAAGUACAAACCUGUUUUA